AUGUCUCACAGCACCCACAAACGACCAACACCGAGCUCUGAAAACGAAUUACAAUCAACAUUGGAAAUGACUGUCCAUGAUGCUGAAAGCUCAAAAGCAUCAUGCUCUUCGUGCUAUAAAAAAGUAAAAACCAGUCUCUCGGAGGAAGAUGAAGCAAGCCAAUCAACCUCGCAACCAUCGAUAUCAUCAUACAUCGGAAGAAAUGAAAUUUUACAACGAAUAGAAAAUAAUAGUUAUAAAAUUCCCUACAUUUACAAAGAUGUGGAUGUGAUAGUGAUUGACAAACCUUAUGAUUUGCAUAUUGAUGGAAACUAUACACUCACUGUUGAAAAACUUGUAAAUACACAAUAUCCAGAAAUGGAAAACCCUCCAGUAGAAAAUAUAACAAAACCAAAACGAGGGUUCACACCAUCGAAACGAAAAUUGAAAUUUUGUCAUCAACUAGAUUAUGCAACUUCUGGAAUUUUAUGUUUAGCAUUUACCAGAUCGAGUUGUGCAAACAUUUCACAAUGUUUUCAACAACGUACUGCCAAAAAGAAAUAUUUGGCCGUCGUGCGAGGUCACAUCGAAUCAGAAUCUAGUUUUGAUGUUACAUCUUGGAUUGAAGAGGAUCCAUCAGAUGAAAACAAAUUUAAAAUGAGAAAUUAUUAUAAGGGCCUUGAAAAAACUCCUGUUGGAGAGCUUAAAACAGAUGAAGAGAUUAAAGCAGCUUCCAAUAGUAAGGAGUCAUUCACGCAUGCUCAAGUGUUAAAAAAAGGAUUUUACCAUGUUGGUGGAAGUCAGAAACUUGAAUCAGACACGCCAUCUGAAACGCUGAAAAUUCCUGUCACCAAAGUGUUAUUAACCCCAAGCACUGGAAGACGUCAUCAAUUGAGGCUUCAUAUGCAACUCUAUGGAACUCCAAUUCUUGGAGAUGGCACCUAUGGUCACAACGAAGAAGGAAUUCACAGAAUGAUGCUUCAUGCUUGGUCCUUAUCACUUCCCGGAGUUUUGGAGAAAGAAUUAGUGACUACCGAUCCAUUUGAAGAUGCCAAUUAUUUUGAAUGGGAAUAG